UGAUCGAUCAGCUUCUUCUCUCUUCCUCUCUCCGAUCUCGAAGCGAGCCUUAUUAUGAGGACGGCAGCAGGUUUCCACGAGACCGGUGGAACAAUUGAGGCAGCGGCGCCUUCCUCCGCCCCCGGCGGGCCCCACUCGCCGUGGCAGUCGCCGGUCCCCUACCUCUUCGGCGGCCUGGCGGCGAUGCUCGGCCUUAUCGCCCUCGCCCUCCUCAUCCUGGCCUGCUCCUACUGGAAGCUCUCCGGCUACCUCGACCCCGGCAACGAUGACGACGACGCCACCACCAACUCCGACCACGAGAAGCCUGCCGACGCCACCGCCGGCAAGGACCCCACCUUCCUCGACGACCGGUUCCUCGUCAUCAUGGCCGGCGAUCAUGCCCCCACCUUCCUCGCCGUCCCCAUUGCCGGCCGCCUAGCCGACAACACUACCACCUCCGCCUACGGAAACCUCGACGAAGAAGACAAGCAGCCGGAGGGUGCAGCGACUCCCCUACCCCAAUCCCAAUCCCAAACCCGAGAACAGUAGCCACAGAUUUCUCCCUUCACCUCUUUUCAGGUGCAUUUUGCAUGAUCCGGGAAUGUAAAUUUCUGAGUAAUAUUCGAGUCUUUGUUUACAUUCGUUC